AUGUGGUCCCCUUCCAGCAACUUCUACGCUCGCACACCAGUUCGUGCGCCCUCGUUCCCGACACCGCUACCCUACCGCCUACCCAACCCAUACCAAACUAUUCGUGAUCCUCCAACCCCACCGCCCUCGCCACCCUACUAUCACUACAAUCCAGCGAGUUACUCUCCUCCACCACGACAACCGAUGCCUUCCCACAUGCGACUCGACAGUUGGCCAAGCACCCCGUUCCCGCUCAACAAAGUCUGCGAAGUCUUCAUGAAAAUGUGCUGUUUGAUCUGUUACGGACGCAGAGACCUACAGGAAGCUUGGGAUGCCGGCGAGAAUGGCGAGAGAUGGGCUGUUUUCAAGGAUCGCUACACCGAUCGAAUUUCGCAGCUGAACAUCGUCCAAAACUCUCGCCAGGGGGCCUUGAUAUUUACUGGUCUCUCGGCCUGGGUCACUACCCCGCCACCCUUCGAAGAGGUCUUGGACUAUAACAAGCGUAUCACGUAUAUCUGUCUCCUUGUCGCAUUCGGUGCUACUUGGGGUGGCAUAAUCGUCGGCUCUGCAAUUAUGUACGGGAAUUCGAUGACCGCACCCACUUGGUAUCGCGAGACGUUGAUGUCAACGCGGUCACGGGUUGUGUGCACCCUCGUCCUGCUAGCGUAUCCAUUCUUCGCCAUGGGUGUUUCGACUUCCUUCGGUAUUAUCGGUAUGUCUUCUUCUCGCUACAUGGCGUUCCCCCGACACAAUCGUGAAAGUCGGUGGAUGCGCGCUGCUAUUCUUUCCCCUCAUGAUAUUGUUCGCGUUCUUGUGGACGCAGACGUCUCUGUUACGGCCAAACACAUUGAGCAGACACUCAGUUGA